UGGUGUCUGUCGAUGGCUUUUCGGCAUAUAAAUAAACUUAACCGGAGGAUAAAGUAAAAGCGACUUACUCAGUUUUUGGUUCAAUAUUUGUCGUCGUUCUUUCUUUGGCUGAAUAUGUUAGCUAAAUUAAGCUAAUCAAGCUAGCUAGCAUGCUACAGUGACUUUUCCUCCACACGCAUAAGAGUAGGGAGGACACCUACAAAGUAUCUCGAUGGCUUCAUCUUCUGCAGUUGAAAAAGCAGAAUGGCGUGAAGGUGACAGUUGUCUGGCUCCUGACCAGAGAGAUGGCACCCUGCCAGAAGCCACCAUUAAGAGACUGAGCUCCACCUCUCAUAAUAAUGAUACCACAGCAUGGGUGGUAUUCACUGACCAUAAUAAAGAUGCAGAAGAAGAGGAGGGAGCUGUACCUGUCUCGGAACUCCUGAGACCAGGCUCGAAUCACUUCACCCAGGAGAAACCUGUGUUUCCCAGCAGCGUCCCAGACACCAGGCUAUGUGUCCCCUUAGAGUUGAGUGAUGUUAAUGGGGACAUAGUCCCCUACACCAUCAACCGAUACCUGAGAGAUUACCAGAGAGACGGUAUCAGGUUCAUUUACAACAACUACAUCUGUUCCAGAGGUUGUAUCCUGGGGGAUGACAUGGGCCUGGGAAAAACUGUACAGGUCAUUGGUUUCCUUGCUGCUGUAUUGCACAAAACGGGCACAUGGGAGGACAUCAAGAACAACAUGUCUCCGUUUCUGCUGAGUCAGGCCUCCAGGCAAAGUAAACCCAACAAAGUGUUCCUCAUUGUGGCCCCACUGUCAGUGCUUUAUAACUGGAAGGAUGAACUGGACACAUGGGGUCAUUUCCAAUAUGUGGUGGUCCAUGGGCUGAGGAAAGAGGAGGAGCUGACUCGCAUCAAGAACGGACGCAUUGAGAUCGCUCUCACUACCUAUGAGACUCUGCGCCUUUGUCUGGAUCAGUUUAAUAACAUAGACUGGUCUGCUGUGGUCGUGGAUGAGGCCCACAAGAUAAAAAAUCCAAACUCUCAGAUCACUCAGGCAAUGAAGGAUCUGAAAUGUAAGAUCCGAGUUGGCCUCACUGGCACAAUCUUACAGAACAACCUUGAGGAGAUGUGGUGUGUCAUGGACUGGGCCUUACCUGGUUGCCUCGGCAGCUUAGGACAUUUCAAGAACAAGUUUUCGGAUCCGAUUGAGCAAGGGCAGAGGCACAGUGCAACCAAACGUGCCCUAGCUACCGGGAGGAAGACUGCCAGAGCCCUGGUGAGGAAGAUUUCCCACUGGUUCCUCAGAAGGACUAAAGCUCUCAUCAAGGAACAACUGCCUAAAAAGGAUGACAGGGUGGUGUAUUGCUCUCUGACAGAUUUUCAGCAGACUAUGUAUCAGACGGUGCUGGACUCUAAAGAUGUGACGUUAAUGCUGAGGUCCUCAGAAAAAUGUGACUGCCAAAGUGGACGCACCCGCGGACGCUGCUGCUAUGAAACAAACUCAGAAGGUGUGAAAAUGAAGGGGCUAUACUUUAGUUACUUGGCCAUAUUGAGGAAGGUUGCCAAUCAUGCAGCACUGCUUCAGUCCACCGCAGGCACCAGCAAGAAACAGGAAAAGUAUGUGGGGGGCAUCUGUGCAAAGGUAUUCCAAAAGUUUCCAGAAUUUGUGCAGAGAUGCAAAGACGAAGCAUUUGAGGCCUUGUCAGACCCGAUGUACAGUGGAAAGAUGAAGGUUUUGCAGAAGCUGAUGAAGUAUUACCUGCAAAGGAGAGAUAAAGUACUUAUUUUUUCUCUCUCAACCAAGCUGUUAGAUGUGCUGGAGAGCUACUGCAUGGCCGAAGGGCUGGACUACAGCCGGUUGGACGGAACCACCAAAUCCAAAGAGAGAGUCCAGAUUGUCAAAGACUUCAACUCCUCCUCUCACAUCAACCUCUGCCUGGUUUCCACCAUGGCGGGUGGUCUUGGUCUCAACUUCACAGGGGCCAAUGUGGUAGUGCUCUUUGACCCCACAUGGAACCCAGCCAAUGACCUCCAAGCUAUUGACAGGGCAUAUCGUAUUGGCCAGUGCAGGGAUGUGACUGUUCUGAGGCUGAUCUCAUUGGGGACUGUCGAGGAGGUUAUCUACCUCCGACAAGUUUACAAACAGCAAUUGCAGUGCACAGUUGUGGGCAAGGAGAGUGCACGGCGGUACUUUGAGGCAGUGCAGGGGCACGGUCUCCAUAAGGGAGAGCUGUUUGGGAUCAAAAACCUCUUCAGGCUGCAGACCCAAGGGACAUGCCUCACCCACAAGCUAAUAGAGCGAGAAGGACGAGUAGAGGCCGGUGUAAUGACAAGCAGCACACACACAGGCGAAGAGAAGGAGGAGGAGACGAAGGGAGUUAGCGAGUCUGGAGAUUCUCCAUCUACAGAUGGCCCUGUACUGAAUGAGGAACCAGCGAAGGAGAACAUGAGUUCAUCAAAGGUCCCCAGAGGGGUGUUGGACUUCAGCAGUGGAAGUGAAGAGGAUGAGAAGGAGGGUCUUAAGAGGAAGGUGUCAAACCCCAGUGCAAUAGAUGGCAACAGGGGUAUGGAUGCUGCCGCUGGUCCUGGUCGAAUGAGUCUCCUCCAGCAUGGUUUCUCAAGGCUCCUCGAAAGGGUCAAAGGAAAACCAGAGUUGGCAGAAGGGGACAGUAGUCCGGGUGCCGAAGAAAGCCCAUCUGAGGAAGAUGCUGUGGUUCAAAAGAUGGAGGGUACCUCCUCUGGCAUUUCCAAGUGCUCCAAUACAGCAAAUGGUGCAGUCUGUCUCCCUAAAUUGGGAACGAAAACCCUGGACAUCUCCAGCAGUUCAGACGGGGAUGAUGGAGAGGGGGGGAGGCAAGAGAGGGUUGCUAUAAGAAAGAGACAGGACCUGAAAGGAACAAAUAAGAAAAUUACAGUGGAUGAGGAGAGUGAUGGACAUUCCUCACCAGACAAAAAUAAACCUAACAAGCUCAAAACUAAAGUUUCAAAAGUGCGCCGCUUCAAAGGUUAUUCAGAUGAAUCCGAGGAUUUGGACAUGGAGGCAAAGACGUGGCCCAAGAGGGACGCUUUAAAAUCACACUGUAGAGGAGGUGACUGUGGGAGAGAAAGGCUAGACUGCAGCAGAAAGCGGCAAAGUGCUAGUGUUAGGGGCAAGGCCAGAUCCAAACACACAGAAGACAUAGAGACGUUCACAUCUUCAGAAGAUGAACACACUCCUGUUAAGAAAGGGAGAUCUACAGGAUGUCACUUCACAUCUCCACAGAUGGAAAGAUCCAGAUUUGAGUCGUCGAAAGGUGGGCAAAGAGCUGCAACAACCAACAGGACAGAGAGACAACAAGGCAUGCCUUGUCAGACAUCCCCGGCAUCCAAAGGAAAUAUAACUAUCGACAGUGUGCUAGGGGGCGUGCACGAGGUGUUGUACACCCACUCUAACCAGCGUGUGGUGGGCGGGAGCAAAGCAGAGGAGCGGAUGGCUAGAGCUGCUGUAAGAGACGUGUUUGAGCGCAAGAUGUACUCUCAGCUCCCGGCCAAUCACCUUCUGACCCAGGAGAGUCUGUCAUGCAGCCCACCAGACAGUCAGCCUUGCCCCUCUACUGUCAGACUGGACAGGCCCAGUGUGGACCAUCCAGUCACCUUCGCCGACAGGAAUGUGCACCACACCAGACACACCACCUUCAUCAUUGGAGAGACUCCCCAGGCAAUAUGCAGACAGCAGAUGGAGGAAAUGGCAGAAAAAUUAAAAUUUCCCUCAGUCCCUCAGUUUGCAGUGGAGAUUCUGAGGAGAAACUCAACCCAGAGAGUGGCCUGGCUACGACAGUAUUACACUUCACUGAACCACCCCGACCUGGCCAACACAGUCACACACAAUUUCCCACAACCUGAUUCAGCACAGACCUCCUCUUCAACUGCUACCUCCACAACAUCCACCAAAACAGCUGCAACGUCUCACACACAUACCAGAGCCCCACUAAAGGAUGUUCCAAAAGCCAAGAGAAAGCCUAAAUACACCCAGAAGAGUCCUGAACCUAAAACUAAGCCUGAAACCCCACAAAAUGAUGUUUAUGUGCUGCAGAAAAAGUCUAGACAACCACAAUAUGAUGUUUCUGAACCCCAGACAAAGAAUAGAAACCCCCAAAAUGAUGUUAUAUCUCCUCCGAAAAAGCAAAAGAGCCCUCAAAAGAAUGCACUAGAACCUCUAAGUGAUGUUCCGAGCCUUGAGUCAGGGGAGCAGGAGGAGACGGUCUGCAGUGCCAGAGGACAUAAGAGGACAAAGAGGGGUAGUGUUUCUGGUUCUGGAGCCUUCAGAGCUGGUGGUGGUCUUGGCUUGGAUCAGGCCAGCAGCAGUGGUCUGGGGUCUGGGGAGGCUGCUACUUUCCUGAACUACACAGACAGAGAUAUCCCUUCUUCUCCGGACCUCAGCCAUGGCAAGUCCACCACGUUAUCCAAACCCACAGCAAAGGGAAGGGAGCAAGAGCAAAAACCGUCUUCCAGGACAAGUGAAACUUUUCGAGGCCAGAGAGAAAAUCCUCCGACCUCUUCUCCACCUGAGCAAGCCACAUCCACCUCCAGUCAUCGUUCCCUCCUCACAGAUCUGAUCGGGGACACCUCAAUCCUCGACGAUCUUCUCAAACCCAAACGCAGGGGCUGCACAAAAACACCCCCUGCACUCUCCACUGUGUCAGUAAGCACAUGUCUCACCGCACCUUCUCCAUCCAGAAUCACUAGCAAUACUGAUUCUGGUUCAGUAGGCCUCAUAGACUCUCUGUCCUCUUCAAACUCAAAGAAACCACCUAAACACCAGGUGGUAUCAAAGGGCAGUCACAGAGACUUCUGGGACAUCUUGAAUGAAGGCAAUGAGGAGAGCAUCAACAGGUUAACGGACCCGGCAGAAGUGCAGAGGGUUUGCAUCAACACUACCUUUGCAGCUAGAGGUAGGUCUGAAAAAAAGGACAGCGAGAGUCUCUGGAAGACUAAUGAGAAGUUUCUGUGGAAGAAAUGAUACAAGAGAGACCAUUCGAGUGAUAAAAGUUCAUUUUUCACUUCUGUCCUUUUUACUUUUGCAGUAUAAAAAUAUCAUGAAUUGUAUUUUUCUGCAUUUUCCUGCCUCAGAUUUCCUCAACAGAUUUUAUUAUUGAAUGUCUUUUUAGUUUUUUACUAUAAUUACAUGAAAAUAUUGAGUGUUUAAUGAAUUAGUGACUGUUACUUGAAUAAACAGGGUGUUAAUCACUCUAGAAAUGUAAACCUUUUGUAUAUUUUAUGGAAGUUAUUGGCAUGUUUAUUGCUUUAUUUCUGAAAGUAUUUUAACAUUUACUCAUUUAUAAAAAGAAGUGGAACAAUUGAGCCAAAAACAUCACAAUGGUAAAUAUGUAAUAUAGGGCUGUAUAUAGACUUAAAAGUAUCUUCAUUAUUGAUAAAUCGUUGGACUAUACAAUGUCAGAGAAAAGUGAAAAAGGACCAUCACAAUUCGCCAAAGACAUUUAUUUUACAAUAAUGUGGGACAUGGUUAUAUGGAAAAAUCCUCACAUUUUAAAAGCUUGAACCAUCUUUUGCUUGAAAAAUAACUUAAUAAACAAAAUAA